GGCACCAGCCCCCAGCGCCGGGGAGGCUCGUUGCUCUCUCGUGGGCUUGGAACGUGGCUUUCUGCUGUAGCCCGCCCUCCUGGCGCUGAGCUGCCCUGGGGCCCUGCGCCAGCCCCGCAGCGCUUCUCUGACUGAAAUCUCCUGGUUAACAAGCCACCGCGCCGCCUGCGGUGUAAGGAGCAGGAACCUGUUCCUUCCUUUCAGGGGCACCACCGACUUCAGACAUGGAUCUGUUCCGGGUCUGCACCUUUCUCUUCACACUGAUGUUGUCCAGGGGCAGCUCUUCAGACACAGAGAAACAGAGCAUAGACUCUGGGUUGGAAAUCUAUAAGAAGCUGUUUGAGGUGAAGCGCAAGGACCAGAUGAACGCUCUGAAGAACCUGAUUGAGCUCAACGACGUGAACCAACAAUAUAAAAUCAUCGACAUCAUGCUCAAGGGACUCUUCAAAGUGCUGGAGGACUCCCGGGCUGUCCUUAUAGCCGCAGAUGUGCCUCCAGAUGGGCCCUUCCCUCAGGACGAGAAGCUAAAGGAUGCCUAUUCCCACGUGGUGGAGAACACUGCUUUCUUUGGAGACGUGGUUCUGCGCUUCCCCAAAAUCGUCCACCAUUACUUUGACCGCAACUCCAACUGGAACAACCUGGUCCGCUGGGGCAUCAGCUUCUGCAACCAGACGGGCGUGUUCGAUCAGGGACCUCACUCCCAAGUGCUCGGACUGAUGGCUCAGGAGCUGGGAAUUAGUGAGAAAUCUCCGGAUUACCAGAAUCCCUUUAAAACCGACCAUUCUGAGUUUUUCCCCAGUGCAGACACGUUCCAGAAGGCCCUGCGAGAGGAGGAGAAACGGAGAAAGAAAGAAGAGAAGCGGAAGGAGAUCCGCAAGGGGCCCCGCAUCUCACGCUCGCAAUCGGAGUUAUAGCGCUGGCACCGACCUCGUCGCUGAGACCCCUGCUGGCGGGAGAUGCCGCGCCUGGAAGCAGAGUGUCCUACUCCCUCAGCAGCCUCAGGAGAAGGCUGGGCGGGUCACCUUUAAUUUGUUUAAUAGUUUUUGUUUUCCUUUUUUCUGUUGUGUAUCGAACAAGGACUGGAUUGAAUCCUGAGAAGGGACUGGACACAGCUCCUGGAUACAGCCCCCCCGUGGGGAAGCUCUCCAUAGUCAUUGGCACACAGAGGGUCCAGCAGAGAACAUCCAUUGGGUGCAUGCAUUGUAGGGCUUUGUUGAUAUUAACAAUGAGACUGCAUGGAGGCAGGGAAGGAUUAGAGUGGUACCUGCCCCCCUGGAACCACAAUGCAGGAUACAGGGCAUAGUUAUACUGGGCAGGUCUCUGUUGCAAGCUGCAUAGUUAUACUGGUCAGAGGGAAAGCAUGGUAAGGUGUGUGGUUAGACCAGAUACCCACAGGCCUUGGGAACCUUCAGUUACUGGAGAAAUACAAUGUAUCAUGUAUUAAACAUGCUCCCUUCCCCCUGGAAAUGGCGGUGUAACUCAGCGGCUCCAACGGUGAUGGCACUUUUGUAUGGUUCAAUUAGCCAGUUAGUCCCUCCCCUGCCACUUAUACCAAAUCUUGCAUUAUUGGAACCUCCAUCCACCAAUCAGAUCUCUCCUUUCUAAUGGCUGUUUUAUUAAAGAAACAUAAUUUUAAAUCUAAACAGACCAUUGGCUGAUUUGGAUUUGAGAGAGCCAACGGGGUGAACCCCCGCCCAUGUAGGGGGAGGCAGCCCGCUUUCACAGGGCUGCAGGGGGAAAGGUUGUGUCUUUUUUUGGGGGGGGGUGGAAGGAGAGGGGGGACUGCUGUGCUUGCAAGGACAGACUGAGCGGGCUCCCGAGAGUGUAACGUCACCAUAAGACCUCCCAGCAAAGGAUCUGGGGUAAAGACUCAGCCUGAACUGUCCCCGCCCCAAAAAAAGUCUCCUUAUGCUGGUGGUUUGCAUGAGCUGAACUUGUGGUUUCUGGUCUCGGCUCAGUUCCUGGCAAACAGGUGCCCACAUGACAAUCACUAUGGCUACUGGCACUCAGUGGGAGCCUUGACAAAAAGACCAAGGAUUGAGUAAGCUAUGGAGGCAGAACGCUUCUUCCCCACCUUCCCCCUAGAGAAUCCCAUUUGCUCCAGAUUUGAGGCACGUUGUUGUGGGAGAUGCAAAGCCCGUGCUGUGACUAUCUUUACUGUAGUUGUUUUGUGGAUAAAGAGGGGACCUCAAACUCCAUGGGUCCCAGUUUGGCACUUUCAGUCUCACUAAAUUCACCUAGUGCUUUGGGUUGUGGAUUUUUUUUAAUUACCUUUAUUUUGCUGUGUUCAAAUGAAAAGAUACCUACCUACUAGAUCACUGUGGCAGGCUGACCUGCCACUACAUAAACAGUGGGAAGAAAGAGAUGAUGAUCAUGUGUUCUGUCAAAAAUGGAUUCUUUCCAUUGGACCAAGCAACCGACUGUAGAUUUAAUCGUCCAAUCAGAGUUAUUGUGAGUGCACUGUUACUGACCUGCUGCCUUACUGGCUCAGAGCAACAAGCCUUCUCUUUUGCAUGUGCAGCUAUUCCAUACAGACAUGUUCUUGUAAGUGUACUAGAAAUACACUGGCUUCUGACUGAUGUUCAUUUCAAUAGUCAUCAGUAAGGUAAAGGUUAGUGAUCCAGCCUUGGGCUCAAUGCAGCUAAAGCUGUAGUCCAGAUCCAGAGCUGGUUGCCAGUUAAAUUAAUUUGAUGGAUCUCAUUCAAGUCCCCAGUGGAUGUUUGCACGUGAGCCAAAUUGCGUGGAGGCUUUGUAUCAAGUGGUACUCACUGCACAGGGGCUCACGACUGGAACAGCCGGGGAUGCUGCAAGUUGGGAUUGAUGGCCGUUGGCAGAGCUGUGCAUGAGUAGCUUGUGCAGCAUUCGCCUGGCUCCAGCUAGCGCUAUCAGCCCCUCGCUGUCUUGAGCAUGAGAACUCAAAUUUACUCUCUCAAGAUUUGUUUUUGAUGCAUUUUCAGUCGCUGAUCAAAUCGCACAGCCCUAGCUUGUUCUUGCUGGGGGAUUAUCCAUCUGUGGGGAAUAAGGGACUCUGUCAGGGGACGCUGUAGUCUGACUUGCUGCCUUCAGGCUAUUUUACAUGGCCAGAGAUGGGAAAUGUCAUUUAUUUUUAAAUGAAGAGCCAGUUACAUUUGUUUUGUUCCUUGGACAUGCAUUGAAAGGGGAAACCAUUUUUUUUCUUGAAUAAAUCAGAAUUUUUAAAAUCAAA